AGCGUAUAAAAGCUGAGCGUAUAGAAGCGCGAGAGCAGCAGAGAGGUCAUUCGUCCACCGCUUCACAUCUUCUGAAACCAUCAGCAACUCCAGACAGACAUGCUGACUGUGUUGGUUUUAGUUACGCUGUUGAUGGUCUCUGUUGAAUCGGACUCUUCGAGCACAGAGGAGUGGAAAUCCCUCAGCAACCCGAAAAGCAGAACACUGUUUUUCCAGAUGCUGCAGUCGUAUCUGGACGGUCGGGAAGCUCAGGGCGGGAGCAGAAGGAUGAACAUGAAGGAGGACCGGAACAGCAAAAUGAACGCUGCCUUCGACAGAUACAGCAACUUCCUCCACAACAGCAUUUUGGACAUUUAGUUCAGUUAAACUGUGUAACUGUUCCAGUAAUGUGAUGUAAUAAUGAUACGUGUUAUGACUGUAUGUAUAAACCAUGUUCCUCACUUCA